AUGGCAUCCCAGCCUCGGCCGCCGGCGACGACCACAUCGACGUGCACCCCGAAGACUGCGCCCGGUCGGCACGUCUUCCAGAUCGACGGUUAUAGCCUGCACCGGGGCUUCGGCGGCACGGGCAAGUUCGUCCAGUCCGCCGCCUUCACCGUCGGCGGCUACUCCUGGUGCCUCCGCUGCUACCCCGACGGAGCCAGCAAGGAUUCCAGAGGCCACGUCUCGGUUUUCCUAAGGCUCGUGACCAGGAACGCCAAGGCUAGAGCCCUGUACGAUAUCAGGCUGGUCGGGCGGACAACGGGGUCGUCUCCGGCGCCGGCGCCCCGCACGUCAGGGAGCAGGCUGUUUGACACCACAAACUCCGGCGAGGCCGUCUGGGGCAGAAUUCUCUUCAUCAAGGCGAGCGAGCUGGAGGCGUCGGCGGAGUUCCUGCGCGGCGAUCGCCUCGUGAUCGAGUGCGACGUCACCGUCAUCGGGGAGCCGCUCGUCACCGAGGCCGCCAAGCCCGUCGAGGUCCGGAUGCCUCCGUCGGACCUGACCGGUGAUUUCGAGAAAUUGCUGAAGACAGGCGAGGGGGCGGAUAUGAUUUUCAAGGUUGAGGAUGAGUACUUCUUCGCCCACAGGGUCGUGCUCGGAGCGCGCUCGCCGGUUUUCUGCGCGGAGCUCUGCGGAACGACGAUAGAGGGUGCACAGCAGUUGCGGGCAUGCAGCCCUCCAUCUUCAAGGCGUUGCUUCGUUUCAUCUACACGAACUCGCUGCCCGCCAUGGACGACCUCGGUGUGA